CCUUGCAGUUCCAUCGCUUUCGUAAAAUUUCGGCCGUGUUCGUAGGUGGUCGAUAACAACGACCUAACUCGGUCACCCGCUCCCCUUAUAUUCUAAACCCCCCCAUAAUUCCACAGCUCCGUUUCUUCUUCCAAUCCCAAUUCUGCUAUGGUUGUCGCCGCUGCCCCCGCCACCUCCUCCGCCAGCGGCGCCGCCCCUAUGUGCAGGACCAAAAAGAGCACGCAGGCGAUUGAGCCCAAGAGCCCCAAUCAACACCGAAAAUCCUCCUCCUCCUCUGUCCCCGACCCCUCCUUCGCCCAUUUCAGCACCAACGACAACAACUCCAGCUACAACUUCUCCAAAUCCUCCACCUCCUCCUCUGUCCCCUCCCUCAGAUCCUUCAAAGCCUCCCUCCCUGAAAACCCCCAAAUCUACGACUUCUCCGAGAUCCGCUCCGCCACCUCCAACUUCCUCCCCCACGGCCGCCUCUCCUCCUCCUCCACCUCCUCCUCCUGGCGCUGCUCCCUUCGAUCUAAAGACGCCGUCAUCUUCCAGCGCAAAUCCCGCAUCCCCAUCUCCCUCCCCGACCUCCAGCGCCGCCUCUCCCUCAUCUCCAAAUCCCACCACUCCAGCCUCAUCAAGCUCCUCGGCGCCUCCCUCUCCGGCAGCUACGUCUACCUCGUUUACGAAUUCGUCGCCGGCGCCAGCCUCGCCGACUGCCUCCGCAACCCGAAGAACCCGAGCUAUACCGUCCUAUCGUCGUGGCUCUCCCGGAUGCAGAUCGCCACCGACCUCGCCCACGGCCUCGAUUACAUGCACCACGGCUCCGGCCUCGACUCAACCUUCGUCCACAACCACAUCAAGAGCUCCAGCAUCAUCGUCUCCGAGGAGGACAACCUCGUGCUCGGCGCCAAAAUCUGCCAUUUCGGCACGGCGGAACUCUGCGGCGAGACCCAGGCUCGGUCGACGAAACUGGAGGGCACGCGCGGGUACAUGGCGCCGGAGUUUCAGCUCACCGGAAUCGUGACCCAGAAGUGCGAUGUCUACGCUUUUGGGGUCGUGCUAUUGGAGCUGAUCUCCGGGGCGGAACCGCUGAAGUACAUAAUGGACGAAAGUGGCGCCGACGGCGUGUAUAGGAGGGUGAGUGUGAUUGAGUCUGCGAGGGAGGCGGUGAGGAGUGGGGCACGUGGCGGGGUAAGGAGGUGGGUGGAUAGGAGGCUGAAGGACUCGUUUCCGAUGGAUGUGGCGGAUAAAAUGGUGCUGGUGGCGUUGGAGUGUGUGGAAGAGGAUCCGGAUAGGCGGCCGGAUAUGGAUCGGGUAGCGGGUUUGGUUUCGAAGCUGUUUCUGGAGUCGCAUAGUUGGGCGGAGAAGAUGGGCGUGCCUAUCGACAUCUCGGUUUCAUUUGCCCCGCGCUGAUUUUUUCUGGGGGUUCGGAAUUAAUUUGGAUUUUGGUUUUUUUAUUUUUUAUUUUUGAGGUUUUACAUUCGAUUUGAUUGAUCAAAAUCGUAAAUAAUUUUGAUGAUGUGAAUAAUUAUACAUACAAAGUCGAGAGGAUUGAUUAAAUAGUUAAUAGAAACAAAGAAUUUACAGAAAUUUGAUCU